UAUCGCUGUUUAGACACUCUGAUUUGAAAACAUGUAAAAUAUAAACGAUUAAAAAGCGAAAUUCUGGAAUAUCGUGCUGUUUGUUCGUCUCGUGUCGCUCCGCGGCCGGCUGUGGAACUACUUUCCGCGCGGAGGAACACGGCAGCGCGCGCAGCAGAGUUUUGUGAACCUCACUCUGGAUCUGGAUCUCCUGUCUCUCUCCCACUCCUCCACCAUGUCAGGUAGUUACACUCCGGCCCCCGGAGGUCCGUUCUCCGCUCUCACGCCCAGCAUGUGGCCUCAGGACAUCCUCGCCAAACACCAUCAGAAAGAACAAAAUCUGGAAUCAGAGCCUCAGUACGACGAGUUCGGCUUCCGGAUCGACAGCGAAGACGGGGUGGAGGCACGUGAUUGGCUGCGGGGUGAUGGAGCUCCACAGAGAGAAGACCCCCAGCAGAGACUGCGCUGGCAGGCCCACCUGGAGUUCACACACAACCACACAGUGGGAGAUCUCACCUGGGACCUGAUCUCUCCCAUCCUGCCCCGCUCCGAUCGCCUCCGCUCGCUCGUGCUGGCCGGAAUACCGCACAGUAUGAGACCUCAGUUAUGGAUGCGUCUGUCAGGAGCUCUGCAGAAGAAGAGGACUUCUGACAUUUCUUACAGAGAGAUCAUCAAAAACAGCUCAAACGAUGAUACUACAGCAGCCAAACAGAUAGAGAAGGAUCUUCUGCGCACCAUGCCCACUAACGCGUGUUUCAGUACUCUGAGCAGUGUUGGAGUUCCGCGCCUCAGGCGGGUUCUCAGAGGUCUGGCCUGGCUCUACCCCGACAUCGGCUACUGUCAAGGCACCGGCAUGGUGGUGUCGUGUUUGCUGCUGUUCCUGGAGGAAGAAGACGCUCUGUGGAUGAUGUGUGCUUUAAUCGAGGACCUGCUGCCUCCAUCUUACUUCUCCUCCACGCUGCUGGGGGUUCAGACGGACCAGCGCGUCCUGCGCCAGCUCAUCGUCCAGUACCUGCCCCGUCUGGACCGCCUGCUGCAGGAGCACGACAUCGAACUUUCCCUCAUCACACUGCACUGGUUCCUCACCUCGUUUGCCAGUGUGGUGGAUAUCCGGGUUCUGCUCCGGAUCUGGGAUCUGCUCUUCUACGAGGGUUCUAUCGUGCUUUUCCAGGUGACACUGGGCAUGCUGAAGAUCAAGGAGGAUGAGCUGGUGUCAUCGGAGAACUCGGCGUCCAUCUUUAACACGCUGUCGGACCUGCCGAGUCAGCUGGAGGACGGCGCGGUGGUGCUCGGGGAGGCGGUGAGACUGGCAGGGUCGCUCUCUCAGGACACGCUGGACGCUCAGAGACACAAACACCUGGCGUAUAUCCUGGCUGAACAGACACAGCUCAACUCCAACAACUCACACACACUCAACACCAGCCUCAACAAGGUGGUUCGGAGACAGAGUCUGCGCAGGAAGUCCACGCUGAGCUCACUGCUGUUCGGAGAGGACGAGGCCGAGGCGCUCAAGGCCAAAAACAUCAAACAGACCGAGCUGGUGGCGGCGCUGAGGGAAGCGAUCACUCGCACCGCAGAGCACUUCCACUGCCUCGACCCGGACCACUGCACCACGGACCUGACUCCAGACUACUCCAUGGAGAGUCAUCAGCGGGACCAUGAGAACUUCCUGGUGGUGUCUCGGAAUCGCAGGAGGCGGGCUAAAGCGCUGCUGGAUUUUGAGCGCCAUGACGACGACGAACUGGGUUUCAGAAAAAAUGACAUCAUCACAAUCGUCUCUCAGAAGGACGAGCACUGCUGGGUGGGAGAGCUGAACGGCCUGAGGGGUUGGUUUCCUGCAAAAUUCGUGGAGAUCCUGGAUGAACGGAGUAAAGAGUAUUCUCUGGCAGGUGAUGACUCUGUAACGGAGGCUGUAACUGAUUUGGUUCGGGGAACACUGUGUCCUGCUCUGAAGGCCAUUUUUCAGCACGGUCUGAAGAAGCCCUCUAUACUGGGUGGGCCCUGCCACCCCUGGCUCUUCAUCGAGGAGGCAGCGAGCCGGGAGGUGGAGAGAGACUUUAACUCUGUUUACUCCAGACUGGUGCUGUGUAAGACCUACAGGUUAGAUGAAGAUGGGAAAGUUCUCACUCCUGAGGAGCUGCUGUACAGAGCUGUACAGAGUGUUAAUAUGAGUCACGACUCUGCACACGCUCAGAUGGACGUCAAGUUCCGCUCACUCGUCUGUGUGGGACUGAAUGAGCAGGUUCUGCACUUGUGGUUGGAGGUUCUCUGCUCCAGUAUCACAGCAGUAGAGAAGUGGUAUCAGCCGUGGUCCUUCCUGCGCAGUCCUGGCUGGGUGCAGAUCAAGUGUGAGCUCCGAGUUUUGUCCAAGUUUUCCUUCAGUCUCUCACAGGACUGUGAACUUCCUGCCAAAAGAGAGGAAAAGGAGCAGAGACCCCUGAAGGAGGGCGUUCAGGACAUGUUGGUCAAACAUCACCUCUUCAGCUGGGACAUCGAUGGAUAGAUAAACACUACACACACACUACACACUCUCACACACUCUCACACACUCUCUCACACACACACACACACACUACACACACACACACACACACACAAUCGCUUCCUUAAAUACCAAAAGUGAAAUGUAAACAGCUUUAUAUAACAGUGAGGAUCUGGUGAGUGUGUGUGUGUGUGUGUGUGUGUGUGUGUGUGUGUGUGUGUGUGUGUGUGUGUGUUCACGUAGCAGAACAUUUCAGCCGUUCUCUCAACAUGUCUUCAAGGACUUCUGAUGUUCCUCUGCUGGAGAACAGGAAGAACUGAGCAUGCUCACAACGGUUUCUACAUUUCCAUGAACAUUCAUCUCCAUCAUGCGCACACACACACACACACACACACACACACACACACACUUCCUGGUUUAUUUCUGUUAUUUUGUGAAGUUAAAGUUCUAGCGUUUGUGUAGGACCUCAGCGUGAGUCCUGAGCUCUGUGUAUAUAAUGGAGAUGAAAUGAACACACUCGUUUAUAUCUUUUCACUCAUUUCAGGGUUUUUUUCAUGGUGUAAAAGUGCGUUCAUGAAGAUCAGAUGAUCAGUGAUGAUGACGUACGAUGCUCAUUUCUCUGAGUUUAGAGUGUGUAUUUUAUAACGUCUCUAUCGGACGUCUCUGUCUCGUCCUGCACCCCCCCCCCCUCCCCCCCCCCCCCUUCUCUCCCUC